AUGAGCACAACCAGCGAUAGGAUCUCGGUGUUGUUUGUGUGUCUCGGCAACAUCUGCAGAAGCCCGAUGGCCGAGGCAGUCUUCCGCCACACCGUCAAACAGAAGGGCUUGAGCGCCGAGUUCCACAUCGAUAGCGCAGGAACAGCGGGCUAUCAUGUCGGAGACUACCCUGACUCUCGAACGAUCCAAGUUUGCAAAGCCCACGGAGUCUCCAUCAACCACCGUGGCCAGCAAGUGAGCGUCAGCGACUUUGCCAAGUACGAUUAUCUUCUCUGUAUGGACGAUUCCAACCUCUCCAACCUGAUGAGCAUCAAACCAGCGUCGUCCAAGGCCAAGGUCCAGCUGUUUGGUGAAUAUGAUCCCGAGGGUGAGCGGAUCAUCGAGGAUCCUUACUAUGGCGGUGUCGACGGAUUCGAGCACAACUUCCGCCAGGUUACCCGUGCGUCGCUCGGCUUUCUGCAGCACCUUGGCAAGUAG